GUGCUGGUGACAGGAAUGGUAUCAGUUUUUAAUUAAACAAUUAGCGAGCAAUACAGACCUUCUGUGAAUUUGACAAAAAAUAAAAAUAAACUAAAAAAUCAAAAUGUUCAAGUUGGUGGUAUUGUCUGCUCUCCUCGCCGUAGCUGCUGCUCGUCCCGGUCUCUUCGAAUCUCCCGUUGUCUACUCCGCCCCUGCCUCUACCGUUACCGUACAAGAAUCCGGUCUCGCUCAUGUCGGCAAUGUAGUCAAGAGUGUACCCUCAGCCAUCUCUCACCACAGCAAUUCCGUUGUACACAGCACAGCUCACACUGUCGAAGAUGUCGUAGCCCCAGCCGUUAAAACCACUGCCUACACAACCAAAACAUUGGCUACACCCGUAGUGGAAAGUUAUGCUGUUGCCCAGGAAGUACCCACUGUUGUAAAGACUAUUGAAUCUGCUCCCUUAGUGCAAACUUAUGCUGCUGCUCAUGCUCAUUCUCCUGUCGUGCACACUUAUGCUGCCGCUCCUGUAGUACACUCAUAUGCUGCCGCACCAGUGGUACACUCUUAUGCUGCUCCUGUAACCACAUAUGCUGCUUCAUCACCUUUGACCUAUACCGCUACUGGUGUGUGGUAAGA